UCUAUACCCACCUGUCACUCUCUACUUUCUCUCUCUGUAUCUUUAUAUAUGGACUAGUCCCAUCCUUUCACUGUACUGCUAAAAGCAAAAGGCUGUGACACCUCUGGCUGCAAAAACUCAGCCAUUUUCUACCCCUCUUUUCCACUUUGCUUUUUCAGACUCUCUUUGACACUAUAUAAUAAAGCAAAGCUAAGAAUCACUCCAAAGUCCAAACUCCAUUUCACGGGGAGACUGCUUUGCUUGGAAGCAGAGAAAGUUUUUAGUUGGUUUCAAGAAACGAAAGGAGGAUGGGCGAGAAAGACGAUGGAUUAGGCCUGGGUUUAAGUUUAGGCUUCGGAGGCACAACUCAACAGAAUCAGUCUUCUUUGAAGUUGAAUCUCAUGCCAUUUCCUUCGCAGUUCAUGCAAAAUAAUCACCUGAGGACUUCCCUAAAUGACCUGUUUCAGUCAUCUGAUAAGAACUCUGAUGCGAGGUCGUUUCAGCGAGGGAUUGACAUGAAUCGGAUACCAACAGUCGUCGAUUGCGAUGAUGAAACCGGCGUUUCUUCGCCGAACAGUACGAUUUCGAGCAUAAGUGGAAAGAGAAGUGAAAGGGAACAUAUUGGAGAGGAGGCAGAAGCCGAGAGAACCUCUUGCUCUCACGGAGGCAGCGACGAUGAAGACGGAGGCGCUGGUGGCGACGCUUCUAGAAAAAAGCUGAGGCUUUCAAAGGAACAGUCCUUAGUGCUCGAAGAGACCUUCAAGGAGCAUAAUACUCUGAAUCCUAAGCAAAAGCUGGCCUUAGCAAAGCAGUUGAAUCUGAGGCCCAGACAAGUGGAGGUGUGGUUUCAGAACAGGAGGGCAAGGACUAAGUUGAAGCAAACUGAAGUUGAUUGUGAGUACUUGAAGAGGUGCUGUGAGAAUUUAACACAGGAGAACAGAAGGUUGCAAAAAGAGGUGCAGGAGCUUAGAGCAUUGAAGCUCUCUCCGCAGCUCUACAUGCACAUGAACCCGCCUACUACACUCACAAUGUGCCCUUCAUGUGAGCGUGUUGCUGUGUCAUCAUCCUCCUCGUCGGCAGCUGCUUCAUCAACUGCUCUAACUCGCCACCCAGUCAAUUCCCAUCCCCAGCGACCUGUGCCCAUCAAGCCGUGGGCAGCAUUGCCUAACCAACACCCUGCUUCCAGGUCAUAAGAUAAAUUUUUAGGAUAUGGAGAAGAUAUGAUCAAAAGAGGAGGAGUUGGUUAGGAUGCGAUUUUGUUCAAACAGUGUUGGGUUGUAUAUUACAGAAACAACUAGUGUUCAUAAAAAUGGCAACUAGCUAGGAUUAACUUUUAAGGACAUGACAAAAGAAUCUUAAUAGCUUUUGGUUAAUAUUGUUGGAAUUUGAUGUAAUCAAGGAAUGAAACAAUGUUCCCCUUAUUUCAUGUACAUUGUUGUCAUUAUUCUAAUCAACUGUUUCUUGUUAAA